GAGCAGAAAGCCUGGCGGGGGAGGGCUCAGGACACAGGGCGGCAGAGCUUGCAGGCCGAGCAGAGGGGCCAGGCUGUGAGGCGCCCUGGGGUGCACGGGUGCGUGCCCAGCCGGCGCUCUGGCGCAGGGCCCUCUCUGGGGUCCAGUGCGGUCCUUCCUUGCAGACAGGCUGCUCAGAGCCCACAGGUCUUAAAGGCUGUUUCCCGCAGUGGGGCCUACAGAGGCCCAUUGGCCCGCCUCCUCCCCACUUAUCAGGCGGAGGGGGCUGCUGGGUGUGCCCCCUGGGGAGAGCAGACGGUGGAAGAUAAGCCCACAGUCCUCGCGCCGUCUGUUCACGCGGGCAGGGAGAGUGGGGCUGGCGGAGGGGCUCUGCAGGCCAGGGAGACCCCACGGACACUGCACCGCGGCGGGCCGGCCAUGGAUGGCCGGCAAUGCUAUGACCUCCUGGUGAUCGGCGGCGGAUCCGGCGGCCUGGCCUGUGCCAAGGAAGAUCACGCUGCAUUUUAUGAAAUUUUGUCUCAAUGGACUCGCGCUGCAAGUAUCCUCACUUUCCGGGCCUCUCCCACGGGCCCCGUUAUGUGGAGAUCGUCUGUGUUGCUGCGUGUAUCUGGAGCCUCGCCUUCUCACACGGCUGCGUGGACUCGGCGUCCAUCUCACCUGUGGCUGCUCCAUUCGCCCAUGGACUGGGUUGUUUCCUCCGCCCAGCUGGGGAAGAAGGUGGCCGUGCUGGACUACGUGGAGCCUUCCCCCCGAGGCACCAGGUGGGGCCUCGGCGGCACCUGCGUGAAUGUCGGCUGCAUCCCCAAGAAGCUGAUGCACCAGGCGGCGCUCCUGGGGGGCAUGAUCCGCGACGCCCCCCACUACGGCUGGCGCGUGGCCCAGGCCCCACACGACUGGGCGACAAUGGCGGACGCUGUCCAGAACCACGUGAAGUCCCUGAACUGGGGCCACCGCGUCCAGCUGCAGGACAGGAAAGUCAAGUAUUUUAACGUCAAGGCCAGCUUUGUCGACACGCACACAGUUUGCGGUGUCUCCAAAGGUGGGGAGGAGACUCUGCUUUCGGCCGAGCACAUUGUCAUUGCCACCGGAGGUCGGCCGCGGUACCCCACGCAUGUCGAAGGUGCCUUGGAAUACGGGAUCACGAGCGAUGACCUCUUCUGGCUGAAGGAAUCCCCUGGAAAAACGUUGGUGGUCGGGGCCAGCUACGUAGCCCUGGAGUGCGCGGGCUUCCUCACCGGGCUCGGCUUGGACACCACCGUCAUGAUACGCAGCGUGCCCCUCCGGGCCUUCGACCAGCAAAUGGCUUUGCUGGUCACCGAGCACAUGGCUGGCCACGGCACCCGGGUCCUGCGGGGCUGCGCCCCCGAGAGGGUGGAGAAGCUCCCAGGCCAGCAGCUCCGCGUCACCUGGGUGGACCUUGCCUCGGACCGGAAGGAUGCGGGCACCUUUGACACCGUGCUCUGGGCCAUAGGCCGAGUUCCAGAAACCGCGAGUCUGAAUUUGGAAAAGGCUGGUGUGCGUACGAACCCCGUCACUGGGAAGAUCCUCGUUGAUGCCCAGGAAGCCACCUCCAUCCCCCACAUCUACGCCAUCGGCGACGUGGCAGAGGGGCGGCCGGAGCUGACGCCCACGGCCAUCAUGGCCGGGCGGCUCCUGGCCCAGCGGCUGAGCGGCCGGACCUCAGACCUGAUGGACUACAGCAGCGUCCCCACGACCGUCUUCACUCCCCUGGAGUAUGGCUGUGUGGGGCUGUCAGAGGAGGCAGCCGUGGCUCGCCAUGGAGAAGAGCACGUGGAGGUUUACCACGCGUUCUAUAAACCGCUGGAGUUCACUGUCCCCCAGCGGGAUGCAUCUCAGUGCUACGUAAAGAUGGUGUGUCUGCGGGAGCCCCCACAGCUGGUGCUGGGCCUGCACUUCCUCGGCCCCAACGCAGGCGAAGUUACUCAGGGAUUUGCCCUGGGGAUCAAGUGUGGGGCCUCCUUCCAGCAGGUGAUACGCACAGUGGGCAUCCACCCCACCUGUGCAGAGGAGGUGGCCAAGCUCCGCAUCUCCAAGCGCUCCGGCCUGGACCCCACGGUGACCGGCUGCUGAGGCUAGGCAGCCAUCCGCAGCCCAGGGCGCUCGGCCCGCUGCCGCCCCUGCGGCCAGGACACUGGACUGACGCCGAGCACCCGGCAAGGAUGGCGCAGGCCGGCACUGCGCACCCCGGACACUGCCAGAUGAUGAGGACCUGUGCGGAAACCCCCCGCGGGCUGCCCAUGUCUGAGCCCCUGGCGUGACCUGGC